CCGGAGGGGCAUAAAAAGGGGGCGGCGACGUCGUCAUCGCUGCGCGUUCAAGAUGUCGAGUCUCCUGAACACGACGCUGCGCGGGCUGGACAGCGACUCGUACUGCGAGAUCAGCGUGUACCGCGACCAGCACUUCAAGGGGAGCUGUUACCUGCAGGAAAAAGCCCUGAAGAACUCCUGCACGAUUUAUGUGGGUAACUUGUCCUUCUACACGACCGAGGAGCAGAUCCACGAACUCUUCUCCAAAUGUGGGGAUGUCAAGCGCAUUGUCAUGGGGCUGGACAAAGUGAAGAAGACGCCCUGUGGCUUCUGCUUUGUGGAAUACUACACAAGAGCGGAGGCUGAGCAUUCCAUGCGGUUCAUCGACGGAACCCGGCUGGACGAUCGCAUCAUCCGGACUGACUGGGAUGCCGGGUUCAAAGAAGGGCGGCAGUAUGGCCGUGGCAAGACAGGUGGCCAGGUCCGAGAUGAGUACCGGACAGACUAUGAUGUGGGAAGAGGCGGCUUUGGGAAGAUGAUCCAGAUGCAGAAGACAGAUCAACAAACAGUGAUCUACUAACUGUUUCUCAGAUGGAAAGGGGUGGGUUGUGUGUGAAACAAGGUGAUGAGGAUAAGCAAAUUCUCCUUGAAUGGCUAAGUAAAAAAGGAACAGGCUGGGUAGCGGAUGGAGUCCUUUGCAGUUCUGGGCCCCUGCUGGGUCAGCUCCUCCUCCUCCUGCAGCAUCGUCAGCAUCAUCAGUCUGGCUGGUUUGCAGAGUGCCUGCCAUAACCUUGUACUUUGGUCUGUCAGACUUGGUAGAAAGGUCCAAGGAGCACAAGGACUGUCCAUCUCUCUGUUAUGAGUUGUAAAAUGAAAAGAAAACCCUGGGGUGUGUGUGUGUUGAACAGUAGUCGCCAUCCUUGCCACUUCUUGGUGUGUUCAUUUUUUAAAAUAUAGAAAUAAACGGCUUUUAAAAGAUGUGAUA